AUGGCGGAACCAACCAAUACACCGGUGCCAGCUUCUACACCGCGAGCUACAUCUCCUGCUCCUCAACUCCCCUUCAUUUCCCAAGGAUCUCUUUCAGUACGGUCAUCCAUGACAUCCUCAAAACCGCGGGUUCUUCAUAUUGGAGACCCUAUCAAAUACAAUCCUGACACAUAUCUCCGCUUCAGCAUUCAGUGUGAGGUCAUCAGACCGCCAAUUGAAGAGCGACAGCGACCAGAGUUCAUCAAGGCCCUCAAGGAAAAGAGAUGGGGUGAUUUCGAUGCCAUAUUCCGUCCAUUUUGGGGAACUGGAGGCGAAAUGGGGAAAUGGGACCAAGAGUUGAUCAGUCUGCUGCCACAGAGUGUCAAGGUAUUUGCGAGUGCAGGUGCUGGCUUUGACUGGGCUGAUACGAAGCUACUGGGAGAACGAGGAAUCAUCUACUGCAAUUCUGGUCUGGCAGCUGCCGAAGCUGUAGCUGACUUUGCCAUCGUUGGCAUCAUUUCAACAUUCCGGGUCCUCCCAUGGUGUAUCUCAUCCGCCAUGUCCGGCGAUGAGGAGGCAUUCAAGGAGAAUCAUCGCGAUGCUACAAUGCAGUCGUACAAUCUUCGCGAUCAGGCUUUAGGCAUCAUUGGUUUUGGUAACAUUGGCCAGCAGAUUGCUGCUCGUGCCCGACAUGGCUUUGGGAUGGACAUUCACUAUUAUGAUGUGCUUCCCAAGCCUGCUGCUGUCGUUGCUCCUGUACGAGCUACUCACCAUGAGACACUUGAGAGUCUGCUUGGUCGAUGUGACUGUGUUGUUCUCUGCACACCAGCUGGUGAAGGCACUCUGAUCGACUCAAAGACUCUGCCACACUUCAAACGUGGAUCGCGGUUUGUCAACAUUGCACGGGGAAGUCUUGUUGACGAGGAUGCACUGGUUGCUGCCCUUCGAGACGGUACACUGUCAAGCGCGGCUCUCGAUGUUCACGCAAACGAGCCAAAGAUACACCCUGAACUGUUGGAGCUUGCCAAACAAGGCCGUGUGUUGGUGACAUGCCACAAUGCCGGUGGAACAGUCGACACCCACAAGGGUUUUGAAGAGCUGAGCAUGAGAAACAUCAUGGCUGUUCUCAGUGGUGUAGAGGCCAUUACCCCUGUGAACCUAGAGUUUCUCAAGAAGUAG